UCUACGACUUGGAGUUUUUACUGUUGGUUAUGGAGAUCAAGUGGGUGCUAGCGUACUUUUUGUUUUCUGUUUUGCUGGUUUCUGGUGACGCUCAAACGUCGAAUGGACCAGCAAACCUGAAGCCAUCUACAGGCCCGAAGAAGCAAGCAUCCCCGAAGGCAGCAGUAACCAAAGUGAAGCAAGCAGUGCAGAAAAAUACAGUAGCGUCAACGCCUACACCACCGUCAACCGAUCCCGAAAUAUGUGAGCUAAAGAAGAAUGGAUCGGAUUUUGCAUUACCAUCGCUGCAGUGUACGUUGAAAAAUCUCCCGGAAGAAAUCGCAAAGAAGUGGAAGGAUCACAUGACAUCGCAAAGUAAAGACGAAUCUGGCCUAUUGCAGGAAAUCUGCGAAGCAAAAGAAAAGAAUGAAGACCCGGAUUUCAUGAAGAAUUAUUCGCCGGAUGACAAAGGAAUGGUCAAUGACACCUCAGUAUUGUGCAGGAUAAGGCACACGACACCAUCUGAAUGCCAAGUGCUGCAAUUGGUCGACACAUGAUCUAGAGGAAGAACGAGCUAAGGCAUUCGAUUGUUCAAUUUCACAAUUUCCAGUCUUCUAAAUAGAGUGGGAUGAUUCGAUAUGAAUAUUUGAGUUCCGGCAAAUAAACUAUUUCCUAUACGUA